AUGGGUAUCAAAUUUCUACUGCUCGUAUCCCGUCAAGGCAAGAUUCGCCUCACAAAGUGGUUUACUUCCGACUGGGGGAUUAAGGAAAAGACCAAGAUUGUCAGGGAUGUCAGCCAAAUGGUAUUAGCAAGAAAAGCUAAAAUGUGCAACGUUCUUGAGUUUAAAGAUUUCAAGGUGGUUUAUAGAAGAUAUGCAAGUCUAUUCUUUGUCGUUGGGACAGAUGUGAAUGAGAACGAGCUGCUUACCCUCGAGGUAAUUCAUCGCUAUGUCGAGAUUUUGGACAAGUGGUUUAUGAAUGUGUGCGAGCUGGACAUCAUAUUCAACUUUCAGCAAGCAUACACAAUCAUUGGUAAGCUAAUUGCCUACAACAGAAUGUUUCAAUUUUGA